CAGCACCAUCCCGACAGACUACUGCCAGGAGGGCUUGUGUCCCCGAAUGAAGCAGCACAUUGCCUGCAGGAGCAAUGGACACUUUGGCAGCCAGUGUCCGCCGAAUGCCACAGAGUUGCUCAAUCUAAGCGACUAUCAGGGCCUGAUCCUCAGCGAGCACAACUCGCUGCGGAAUGCCCUCGCAGCUGGAAAGGUCAGCAGCGAUCUGCUGCCCAUGCCCGAUCGCAUGGCCACACUGCAGUGGCAUGCCGAGCUGGAGUAUCUUGCCACAGUCAGUGUCAAGCAUUGUGCGCUGCUGCACGAGCCCUGCCUCAACACCAGGGACUUUCCGAACUCUGGACAGAACAUGGCCCUGAUCCAUGUGAACGCCAGCCUGCCCGCGGAGAAUCGCACGGAUGAGGUUUUGAUCAAGGAUUCCAUCGCGCAGUGGUGGUCCCAGAUUGCCAAUGUGACCGCCGAUCGAGUGCAGAAGUUCCCCAAGGCCAAGCUGGGAGUUGCCGUGCGUAACUUUGCUGUGAUGGCCCGGGACAACAAUAGCUUUGUGGGUUGUGCCGCACUGAGGUUUGUGCGUCGUCAGGCGGAGCACAACUUCCUGCUGGCCUGCAACUAUGCCAGCAACUGUGCGGUGGAUCGUCCCAUCUAUCGGGUGAAGGCCCUCAGCUGCCAGUCGGGCACCGAUUCCAAGUAUCCCUCGUUGUGCCGCACUGGGGAGCAGUAUCCGGAUGUAGUGCCCAUGGAGGGCACCACCACCCGCCAUUCGUGGGGCUAAAAGAGGCGUUCGAGGGUAUGAACAUUGGGGAGGGGACGGUGGAAGGUGGAAGGUGGCACACACACUCACAGUCUAUUUAACAUGUUGAUUUGUGUCAGAAUACGUGGUGGUCAUAUAUCAUCACCCUGGCAGACAUCACCUGCAACAUUCCCAUCACCCAUUCCAUUCGCCAGCCUAUAUCCAUCCACAGACCACCAGUCCCAGCCCCAGCACCAGCCCCAUCCCCAUCCCCAUCAUCAUCUUCAUCAGCAUCUAAAAUAUGAUACGCGUUGUUUUGUGGCACAAACGAGGCGACGCGUCGCGACGCAACGCAACGCGACGCGACUCGAGGAGACAAGUUGGCAUCUAAUUUUAACGUCAAUAUACAAAAUGUGUAAGAACGUGUCUUCAUCAGCUCGUAAUACACCCAUUCUGCCACCCCCACACACACUCUAAGUGCCUAUUAAUAAUGUUGGGGCCCUGCAAAAAAAAAAAAAAAAAAUAGAAGAAAAAACAUAGAAAAUGUUUUGUCCUCCCCUGCCGUUUAUAUUUUUGGUGCUCCACCGAUUGUGGAGCGUCUCUGCUGCUGCUGCUGCUGCUGCCACUUCUAUGCGUUUAAUAUGCCGUAACUUUGUCAAAUCUGAGGCUCAUUAAAGCAGCAAAAAGUAAAAAAUAGCAGCGAUUUUUUUGUUUGUUUUUGUUUUGUUGUUGUCGCCAUAAUUAAUUUCAUCCUAAUGCGGGGGUCCACAGCACAUCCAUUGUGACUUAAUUAAAAUUCAACUAAAACUGGUAACAUUGUAAACUUAUUUCUAUGGAAAAUACACCAACCACACAUAUAUUUUUUGCUAAUUAUGUUUUGCGAAUUUCUCUUGUUCAUUUUGACGUAAUAUGAAAAU